UUUACUACUCUUCAUUGCUUUUGAGUCAUAUGAAAGUGUUUUCAAUGUGAUUAGAAGAAUGUCUGCUACAUCUAUGCUUGUUUGAUGCUUGAGUUCUUAUUUAUGUUGUUCUAUCCUGGAACUGUUCUGAUAGACUGCUGCUUGAGUUCUUAUUGUUUUCUAGUUCUUUUUCCCCCCCUGUAGAGGGCUCUUGUUCUUUGCAAGUUAAAGUACAAGGCAGAUGACUCGGCUGCUAAUUUGCCUGAUUGUGAUGUUUAUAAAUAAAUGAGAGUAGGGAAACGCUACAAAGCUCUUGUAGGUUUAGAAGGAGGUAUAAAUAAAUAAGGGGUAUUAUGUUAAUUUAACAAACUAUGAUAAAUAUAAAUAGAAAAAAAGAAAGAAAGAGGGAUCUGAAAAAUUUAAAAGAGAGAACCGGCUGGGGAGAAGGGGGAAAGAAGAAGAAGAAGAAGAGAAAAGAUGAAAAGAUAAAGAAAGGAGAAGAGAGUUUGAGAAAAUAAGUUAAAAAAGUGAGCCUAUUAAGGUUAUGGGUUCUCAUGUUGAAAAUAAUGCGGUGCUGAAUAAUAACCAAGAGGUAGAAGCAGCGCUACUGCAAUUUCUCAUUGACAGUCAAGAGGCCGGUUUCGAUUCUCCUUCCGCACUGCAGUCACAGAACCUUGAUGAAGAGGAUGUGAUAGAUUUUGCAGAUUCUCUCCCUAUUGCUCCAGAUGAAUAUGGCUCUCCAAGCUUGUAUGGUGGGCACGGUAGUUCAAGAGAAUACCGGCGGAAGCAAAUGGCUCAUAGUGAUAAUACCCUCUCGAUGGGGCCUUCUUCCAUGGAUUCCACUACUGCAACUAGGCAUGAACAGAUUAGUUUAACUCAAUCAGGCUUUCUAAGGAUCCUGAAAGCUCAGCACGCACCAAUACCCCACAGCUUCAUGGAGCAGGAGGGAAUUUCUGCUAAAGGAGAUCAAUUUCUGGGUGGGAUUUCAAGCACAGCAUCCAAACAUAAGGCCAGAGAAGGUGCAAGGCAAGUUGCUAAUAUUGAUCUGCCUAAGAAGGUUCGCAUAGAACCUGUAAAAGAAAGGAAAAUAGUUCAGGUUAUGAACGCAAAGCCGGCUGUGAAGUCGAGAUCAAAUGGUUCGGCUGGCAAUGAAAGGUGGGGCCGUUUCAUUCACCUUGAAACAACUACAUCAAGCCAUAUAUCGAGUCCUCCAUCUGUUUAUCUUUCGAAUUUAGUCGUGGGUCUGUUUCUGUUCUUAAUCAUGCUCAGAGAAGCGCUGAUUGUUCACUGAGAGAAGCUUCUCUUAUAAGGCCAUCGUCAAGAGUUUCUAGUAUAACAAGAACGCUUUAUUUUUUGCGAGAAAAGGUCAGCAGGAGGAGGACUUGAAAUCCCAAAAUCUUAAACCCUCAACCAGCUGACAGAAUGGAUUUCUGUUUUUGCUAGCUUGUAUAUUAUAUAUUGCCCCUUACUCAUGGCUGCUGGGGCUAGACUGUAUUUACUGUUUGCUGUAUAAAUUAUAUUAUGCUAUAAUUAUUACAAGAAAUCUCUAAAGUGCAUGGGUUGAAUGUUUUUCAACGUAGCAA